AUGAAUGACACGAUUAUUUAUGAUGAUGAGGAUUUAUGUGCAGUGGAAACAAAUGAUCGACGAUUUUAUAUGGCCGUAGCCGGUACCGUACUCUCGUUCGUCUCACUAUUUUGUAAUUUGCUCAUCGCUAAGGUGCUCUUCUCGUCAAAGCAUGCACAUUUCUUCUUUCUCGCCUUACUAGCCGUAAGCGAUAGUUUUCUCUCGUUUAUGUAUGGUCCAGUGAUUGCGUUGGAUAUUAUUAAGGACAGAUUACAGAUUCUCUGGCUUACUCGGCUGUACUGGUGGUAUGUGGGACCUUUAUUGUCGUUAUGUCAGGUUUCGAUGACAUUUUCCUGUUAUCUGAUCAUAUUGGGGACAAUCGAACGAUAUUUGAUCACGCAACGAUCGGAAUGUCUGAAACGAUUCCGACAAAGUCGUGGAUUGCUCGCUUUUUUCAUGUUUUUGCUGUCACUUUUACUUCGUGGCACACUUGUGUUUGAAAUUCAGUUGGAUCGAAAUGGUGACUGUACUGGAAUUUCGGAAUAUAUCCCUGGACUCACGGAUAUUGUGCAUACAGUAUGGUAUGGUACUGUAUUUCGAUUUUACAUUAGAAAUAUUAUGACUGUAUUCUUGCCAUUUUUCCUGCUGGCAUAUCUGAACUAUCGAAUAGUUCGAACAUUGCGAGAUCAACAACGAUCGGCGGAAAUGUUUCGAUUUUCUAGCGACCAUAAGAGUAAAAUACGAUCAGCAACACGGCUGUUAGUAUUGAUCGUAUGCUCAUAUUUACUUGCAAACGUUCUGAACGUUCUGAUCACUCUAUGGGAAUAUGUUGCGUUUCAAUCGACUCAAACACAAGAAGCUUAUGUGAUUUACGAAGCAUGUACGGAUGUGAUUUCAGUACUUUAUGUACUUGUAUGUGCUACAAGAUUAUUGGUUUACAUUACAUGCAACAAGGAAAUUCGUGACGCUAUGACUCAACAACUUUGUCCGACCUAUUCCUCUAAAACACUGAAAUACACAAAACCACUUGAUGUCGAUCAGCCGAACCGUCAAGUGGGCACCGAGCUGGAUGCGGUUGCGAUUGCUAUCGCUCGCCGUCUGGUAUUCUCGGAUUCUCCGUACGGUGAUGAUGGUGAUGAUCCUGAAAGUCCCCUACAGGCUAUCGUCUACGCUAAUGAUCACGCACGUGAUAGUGAAAUUUUGUGA